AUGCACGACGACAUCCUCUCCCACUACUCCCACUUCCUCGCCCUCACCCUGCACACCUCGUCGCCCUCCUCGGCCACGACCAUCCCGCCGCCCUACCUGGCCUGGCUGGCAUCGUGUUGCCGUCUCCUUUGCGACGAAGUCCAAACGGCCCUUCCGUCCCUGCACCUGGCCCUGCACCCGCAUCCUCUUGCCCCCACACGAUCCCUUCCCAACCCGCAGACGCUGCGCUUCCUGAUUGGCGUCGCCCCGACAAAGCCCGACGACGAGGCCCUGCUCGCCCACCCCGACACCGCGACGCGCCUCACCUGCGGCCUGCAGGCCUUCCUGGCCCAUGUCCGCUCCUCCCACCCCGUCGACAAGGGCAUCUGGCUAAAUGCGCGCUACGUCACCCGCGCCGAUCUGCCCUCUGACGGCUUCGAGAAAUUUCCCCUGGACGGCAACGACCAUGCCACCAGCUCCAGCAACCCUCUCUCCCCGGCCUCGAUAGCCGCCCUAUCUGCCGCCCUGCGCAUCCUCCCCGAAUCCGCCACGCCGCCUCCACGCGGCAAGGCCCCGCUGCCCGUCCCGCCGCGCCCUGACGGCGCUGCAACUGCAAAACUGCGCCCGGCCGCCGACAUCCUCGACCGCCUGCGCUGGGACGCCGCUCUCGGCGGCGCCGCGGCCUACACAGUCGGCUACCACGACCGCUUCGACGGCAUCGUCGAAAUCAGCCUCGACGCCUGGCGCACUGACAGCACCGACGACGACUUCAUCCCCCUGCACCGCGUCAGCUACGUCAAGCGCAAGCGCGACGACCACAUUGUCUGGUGGCGCGAGGGCCGCCGCGACGAGCUGUUUGGCUCUGGCUGCGGCGGCGGCGGAAGCAGCUCGGACGGCGACCAGAGCGCCUAA